AUGGCUUCUAGUGAAGAUUCAGAAAAUCAGCACCUUAGUCAUUUGUACAAGUGUUUAGCAGCCGAAGUUGACGAGAAGAAGAGGUUACGCGCAUUUUCAUGGCAGAGUUCCUUAGCAGAAGAAUUCUUCGAGAUGAUGACCAAGGAUCUUCGUCGUAAACAACAACAGGUCAGGUUUCAACUGUAUGGAAGCUCCGCUGAAGAUUUACAUGCAGAUGUUUUCCCGGAUUUAGAUGUUGUGAUCUUUCCGACUGCAGAUGAGUUAAUGAUCGAUGACGAACUGAUCGAAUACUGUUUCCCUUCUAAUCCACUGCACGUCAAAAUCAGAGGAACAGGUCACCCCGUUUUGCAGUCCUGUCUUGCGGAAAACACGGAGUACGUAGCGACUUCAGCGUUAAAGAAUUGCCAUCCAGCGAUUUUUGGUCCCGUAAGCAUCACCAGUAACCCCGACGACGUGUUGCCAGCUACAUUUGUCGCAAUGCCAGGUCUUUCUCUUUCAGUGAAAAACAGCAUGAGCAGUCCAGCUAUAAAAAUUACGUCAGACUUGCAGUCAUAUGCAAGAAAAUUCCUAAACAAGUUGAAACUUACACUUCACAAACACUACUGUAAAGGGGGAGAAGAAGAGUCCAUCGUAGACUGUACAUGUUUGUCGAGUGAAGAUGAAAAUGAUUACUUUUCCGAGCGCAUUGACAGCUUCUUAAGCAAGGCAAAGAUGCUUAUUGAGUUUAUCCCUGCGUUUCGAUGCUUAACAUGGCCCAUGGUUGCUCAGGAAUGGAGGAAGAGACAGCGGAAAUGGCCUUCACCUGACGUAGUUGAUAAAGUUAUUCGGGAGGGAUUUCACUUGGUCGUGAAAGCUCCCAAAAACGGUGGCAACCCAGAAUGCGACUUCAGAAUCUCCUUUUCUCAUGCAGAAUACUUGUUAAGCCAGGAGAUAAAUGAAAUUCAGCGUGAGUGUUACCGUUGCCUAAAGACAUAUCAUCGUGUGUACCUUUCUACAGAGGCAAAGGGUCUAAUAUCAUUUCACCUGAAGAACAUUUUUCUGCGCACGAUUGAGGAAACCGAUGGCGAUAUGUGGAUCGAAAGCAGGAGAGCGGAGUGUAUGUGGAAACUAUUUGCGAACCUACUGGAAGCUCUCAGGGAAAGGCAUUUGCCGCAUUACUUUGUACGGUCAUACAAUCUGUUUGGCAUUGAUUACAUCGAAGAUCUAGCGAUUCUGGAAUCGCUGACACAGAAAGUAGAACAGAUUAUGGACAACCCAGUGAAAGUUGCAGAGGAGUUGAUCCUGGUUACACAAGGUGAGCGUUCUUCACCUGUCCAAGAACAAGAACAAGAACAAAUGAAUAGUCCAUCCAACCAACUACAGUCGGAACUGAUGUUAUUCUCUUCGUUAAAGAAAGGAAAUACAGAACGAGUCGGACGAAAGACUGUAGAGAGGGUUUGUCUUGGCAUGAUAAAGGAUUUGCCUGAAGUCAUAGACAAUAGCUUAGAUGAAGACGAACAGGAACUCGUUUUGACAGAGAUGAAAUGUUUCGUAAAAGAGAUUAUUGAUGAGCUGUACAAGAAUGAGGAACUGGAGGAUGACAUCCCAUUGGACUGA